UCUGACGUGAGUGUUCUGGCCUCAGCUGAAAGCCGGGAUCCUGGAUCUCUCCGAUGUUCGGGGCCUGAAGCUCCCCUCACCCUGAUCUCUGCCCCACAGGCAAUAAAAGGAUUCUAAUGGGAGAACCAUUCUUCUGAAAUUCAGGUUUGCUGGCUGGCUGCCAUUAUGGAUGAGCAGCAAGCUUUGGAUUCAAUCAUGCAGGAUUUGGCAGUCCUUCAUAAGAUAAGUCGUCCUUCAUUGCCUUUGCAAGAAACAGGAAAAACAAAAUCUCCUUCGCCGAAAAAACAGAAUGACAUCCGAGUCAAAUUUGAACAUCGGGGAGAAAAAAGAAUUCUACAGUUCCCCAGACCUAUCAAGCUAGAAGAUCUUGCAUUAAAAGCUAAAGUUGCCUUUGGACAGCCUAUGAAUUUGCUUUACAGCAAUAAUGAGUUGGUGAUCCCGUUAGCUACCCAGGAUGACUUGGACAAAGCUGUAGAGCUCCUUGAUCGAAGUGUUCACAUGAAGAGCCUCAAGAUAUUGCUUGUUGCCCAUGGAAACACACAGAGUAAUGUGGAGCCUCUGUCAUCACUGGAAGAUUUAGAUAAUACUGUUUUCAGAGUGACGGAAAAGAAAAACAGGCUUUCUGUUAUAGGUUAUUAUACUCAGGACAGAAGCUCUCCUCCUCCAGGAUACAUUCCAGAUGAGCUGCACGAAGUGGCACAGAAUGGCUCAUUCACCAGUAUCAACAGCGAGGGCGAAUUCAUUCCAGAAAUCAUAGAUCCAAUGCUGGAUCCAUUAUCACUGAGUAGCCCUGAAAACUCUGGCUCUGGAAGCUGCCCUUCACUCGACAGCCCUUUAGAUGGAGACAACUGUCCCAAAUCCCGGAUGCCAAGAGCACAGAGCUAUCCAGAUAACCACCAAGAAUUCUCUGAUUAUGAUCUCCCCUUUGGUAAAGGUGGAACUUAUCCUCGAAGAUAUCAUAUUUCAUACCAUCAUCAAGACUACAAUGAUGGUCGUAAAACUUUUCCAAGGGUUAGAAGGACCCAGGGAAACAGCUUACGGUCUCCAGUUAGCUUCAGCCCAACUGAUCAUUCAUUGAGUACGAGCAGUGGGAGCAGCGUUUUCACUCCAGAAUAUGAAGAUGGACGAAUGCGGAGAAGAGGCAGUGACAUAGACAAUCCUACAUUGACAGUAAUGGAUAUCAGCCCACCUAGCCGCUCUCCGCGAGCUCCAACUAAUUGGGUACUUGGUAAACCGCUGGGCCAGGGUGCAUUUGGUAGAGUUUAUCUGUGCUAUGAUGCAGACACUGGACGAGAGCUUGCUGUUAAACAAGUUCAGUUUGAUCCUGACAGCCCAGAGACUAGUAAGGAGGUAAAUGCACUUGAAUGUGAGAUUCAGUUGCUGAAAAACCUGCUACAUGAAAGAAUUGUUCAGUAUUAUGGCUGCUUGAGGGACCCUCCUGAAAGAACUCUCUCUAUAUUUAUGGAAUAUAUGCCAGGGGGCUCAAUUAAAGAUCAAUUGAAGGCAUAUGGCGCACUCACAGAGAAUGUGACCCGGAAGUACACCAGGCAGAUUUUGGAAGGAGUUCACUAUUUGCACAGUAACAUGAUUGUACAUAGAGAUAUUAAAGGAGCAAAUAUUCUCCGGGACUCUGCAGGCAAUGUUAAGUUGGGAGAUUUUGGUGCCAGCAAGCGGCUUCAAACAAUUUGCCUGUCUGGUACAGGAAUGAAGUCUGCCACAGGAACUCCAUACUGGAUGAGUCCAGAAGUUAUUAGUGGAGAAGGUUAUGGGAGAAAAGCAGAUAUUUGGAGUGUUGGCUGUACAGUAGUUGAAAUGCUCACUGAGAAACCGCCCUGGGCAGAGUUUGAAGCAAUGGCUGCCAUCUUUAAAAUUGCCACACAGCCAACCAAUCCCCAGCUGCCACCUCAUGUCUCAGACCACGGUCGGGAUUUUCUAAAGCGGAUAUUUAUUGAGGCUAAGUUGCGACCAUCUGCAGACGAACUGCUAAGACACACAUUUGCACAUUAUCACUGAUGGCCUGCUUCAACCCAGCUCUCACCUACUGCAUUUAUUUUCUGACUGCACUUUUUUUUACCACGAAGUUGAGAAAAGACAAGGGAGAAGUCAUUUCUCUUGAUUCUUUAUUUCCUAUAGAUUGUUAAUGUUUUCUCUGCGUAUUUAGAAUGAGGAUUUUGUUCCCUACGAAUUUUUUUCCAGUAAUGUACUGAUGUGGUUCGCUUAAAGCACUUUAGUACAUAUUCAUUCCUUAUUUAAGGGGUUAAAGGCAACGUAUUUGGACCGUCAGGAGUUGUGUGUACAUUUUUUCCCUAGCAGAGCAGGAUGCAGGGAAAAUAUACAUGUCGCUAACAGAUGUAGCAAAAGAAAAAUGUGUCCAGUUGUCCUUGUAGUAUGUAGAUAGAUGCCCUGAGAGGUCUUAGUUGUGUUUCAGCUUUGAAAUGAGUCUCCUCUAUGAUAUUGGAAAUGGUUUCAGAAGCUGAAAACUGAGACUGCUGAGCAGGUGCAAAAGAAACCAACUAGCACGUCAACUGCAACCAAAUAACUGUAUUACUAAUUUUUAAAAAAAAUAGAUGGGAGGACCCCCUAGUUAGGUAGUUCAUGGAGGAGUCAAAUAGUUCUGUUGCAUGAAUGUUUUAGAUCAGGAAUUGUAGAUAAGCAGCUUGCUGUAGAUCCUUACUCCUCUAGAGUUGAAGAGUGGUCUCCCCAUACCAUGCAACAAGUAUGUUUGCUGGACCUGCCAAGAACUCUGAGACUAGAGAUGGUCUGGGCGGGGUCUAAUGGGCAGAGUGAGUAAUAUUCAUCAUUCCCUGUUCCACAUUCUUUGUACUGUCCCGACUAUCCUGCCCAUUGGCUAAAAUAUUUCAUGAGACCCAGUCUUCCUUCCUUCCUUUACUAUCACAUAUACGGAAAUUUUAGAAUAUCCCUUCUGUUGAGGCUGAACAGAAUUUUGUGUCUAAGCUGCACAUUUGAUUAAUUAAUCAAAUGGCAUUUGCAUAAUUUGUGUAAUUUGCAUCAUGGAGAGCAUGCAGAAUUUGGCUUUUCCAAUUGUAGACUACUUCUUGAGAUGGAGUGUAAAAGAUCCCUACUCAUUAUGAGCAAGAGAGGAAAAGUACGCUCAGUAGAAAUAGACCUGGAGGCCUCUACGUGCAUCCCUACCACAUAAUUCAGUUCCAGCACACUGAUGAUAAUGGCAUGAAGAAUAAGGUACUUUUUAUCACUUGGUACACUGGUGGGUUUUUUAAUGCAUUUUAUACCUUAUGUAUUAGUAAUUAAAAGAAUAUCAGACUUGAGAUUACUGUCCCAACUACAUACAUUCACUGUCCCAACUACAUACAUUCACAUUUGGCUAUCCAAAUAUAAUAUACAAAAAUAAUUACAGAAAGCUUAAUACUUUCUAAACCUUCAGGAAACUGGAAAGAGCUGUGGAAAGGAAAUAAUUCUAGUUUCUACUGUCACAAGGCAGUAGAAGCCAUUAGAACAUAAGUGCCAUGCUGGAUCAGAGUGAGGGUCCAUCUAGUCCAGCACUCUGUUCACACAGUGGCCAACCAGCUGUUGGCCAGGGACCAACAAAGCAGGACACAGUGCAACAGCAUCCUCCCACCCAUUGAAGGAUCGUAUUCUGUUUUCCAUAAUUGGUGUUGCAAACACUGCUAUUAAAUGUUUCCUAAGGAAACCCUUGUGGACCUCCUGAAUAAAAGAGUCAAAGGCAAGCCAAAAACACAUUGGACCUGUUCAGAAGACACCUUAAACCCUGCUGGUUAAGGCUUUUGGUUAAGCAGCAGGGAUUAAGGUGUCUUGUGUGAUGCAUUUGCUAAACCCUGCUCACUCACUAACCAGUCGGACUGUCUGCAGCAGGGUUAGCAGCUCUAACCGUGGCUUAAAGUGUUGUGUGCGACAGCAUGGUUUGUGGUUAGUGCCAGCUCCAGAGAACCAGUUUUACAAAGCACAGAGCCUGAAGUGUCAUGUAAACAGGCCCAGUCAAGAUUAAUAGAUACUAUGCGAACAGUGCACGAACUGUGCCUAUAUAUGCUAUUAAACUAAAAGAAAUGUCCUUAGAAACGUACACAGCAAUAAGAUCUGGAACAGUUUAAAUCUACCUAUAUGGCAUAUGGUUUGUACAUAUGUAAUGCUCCCAAUAGCUUAACUACUGGUUAGAGACCAUAGUAACCAGGGUUUGCAGUUCUUUAUAUAUGGUUAAUGUAAAUGCUACUGGUUAAAGCUAGCAGGGAAUAUUCGUGUGAUGGGAAGGUUUGGGGCAGUAUCUAAUCCUUCAGACAUGGUUAAGGGAUAGAGAGCAUUGCAUAUGUACGAGCCUACUGUAGUGAGUGCACUGAAGUUUGAGAAUCAAAUGACAAUUGAACAAAAUUUGUAAUAAGUUACACUAAGGGACUUUUGCAAUUUUCUAUGGAACACAGAAUAUGGCAUAGAAUCUACCAGAUUGAGUGGACUUUUAAGGAUCAUAUUUUUGAUUAUUUAAAUAAGCAAAUCCUUGUGGUAGCAGAGGAAAUAAGUAGUCUGUUUUUGCUAAAAGCAUUGUAAAAGAGUCUGAAUGGAAUUCCAUUGAGUAACCCAUCUUAGCAGCUAUCAUCACUUCCUUGUAGCUGACAGUCUGUUAUCUUCCAGCACAGAUCUGUGCUGUCCUCCUGUCUUGUACACUUUUUUCCUCAUGGACCGAAGCCUUCUUUUCUCAGUCCAUUGUAGAAAAUUCCAUAAGAUUCCAGGUUCUGCUAAACUUCCAUCAAGCUUUAACUAUGCAAAUUGUGUAAUACAUGCAAAUGUGAAGAUUGAGGUCCCUCUCCCAACUACACCAAGCUAUUUGUGUAUGUUUUACAUUUUUGUCAAAGCUCCUUUCUCUGUUCAAAUUUCAGUGUUUUGAAAUGUUUAAAAUCUAGCAGACAGACAAUCAUUGCAGCCUCUAAGUGACCUCUAUAGCUACACCAACUUAAGACUUGUUGAACUGAACGUCUUGUUCCAUUGGAGAGAUUUGUGGUGCAUGUUUAAUGAAUCUUGCCCUCUCUCUAGAAACAGUAAGAACAGCAACUAAGACACACUAAAGAGUAAGCCUCAUUGAACAUACUGAGACUUUCUUUUGAGUAAACAUGCUGUUGGUAUUUGUUUCUCCAACUUUGUUACAAAGCCUUAAAUGAUUUUGUGCAUGUGGGUGGUCAGGCAUCUUCUAACAGUUGGCAGUCAGAUGUCUUUGGCUUAGGUGGCAUUCAACAGUGUACACUUUAACAUGAAUUUGGGAAGAUCGUGUUUGAGAGCUCUAGAACAUAAAAUCAUUGGUGCUGGAAUAGAAUCACUGGUUGCCUGUCCUCGUUCUUUAGCUGUGUAAAGAACAGCAUAUGUUGGUGCUUUUCUUUUAUAUUAGAAUUUCAAAAAAAAUUAGAUGGGCUCAUGUCCCAUCACCCCUUGCCUUUAGAAGCCUGAGAUGCAUGAAAGCCAUUUUGAGGUGGGGUGAGAGAGUGAACAUUAAAACAAGUACCUUGAUGUAGGGUUGCAAGACUUAAUCCUAAGAUUCAUUUUUCUGCUAUGAGGCAAGAAUAAAUGAAUUAAAGGAAUUGUAAAAUCCUAUACUAGAGGUUUAAUUUUAGGAGUCUGGAUCUGUCUUAACCUGUUUAUCAUCCAUGGAUCUCCAUCCAGCAAUAUUAGUGUUGUUACAUUAGCAUCUGGAGCAGAGAGAAGAUAUGGUUGACUUCCCACCACUACCCCAUUUAGGGUAGGUGGCAGCAUGAUCUUUAUCUAAAAUACAAAAUGCUCAUCUUGAGAGAUCAAUGGAGAAGGGAACAAAGUUAGUUGAUGUCUUCUCAUUGGACAAAAGCCUAGGAAGACCACUUGCUUGUGAAACCUGAAGGGGGAGGGAAUGUGUAAUGUGCAGACCUCUGAAACUCUAAAUUUUGAUCAGAAGGAUCCUUAAAAUGUUAGUUACUUACAAUGUACAGGUACGACAGUGGUCACUGAUAAGUGAAGGGGUAAAAACUUUAUUUAGCAGAAUAUUAGAGAGUUGUGUGAAUGAGAAACAUAAGAGGCAAUACCUCUUUUAGCGGGGGGUGGGAGUAUGCAAACUUUCAGAGUACUUUCAGAGCUUCAGGUAUUCAGAGUUCAUAUAAAACACAAAUGGAGUUUAUUUUGUAGCCAGGCUUUUUGGAUGUCUGGAUGAGUAUAGUUCUUUAGGACAAAACUAUUGGCAUCCCUAACAGAUUACAUAGAUAUCAGUUCUACCUUUCUAGAGUUCUGUGCAGCUUGAGUGAUACUAAAUGUGAAAUAUGCCUUGCGGGUUUUGGUUAUAUUGUUUAUUUUACUGCAUAUUAUUCCACACUUUAACACGGAAUAGCAUAGAGUAACCCAAAAUCUCUGUUUAAGCCUGUUUAUAAUUGAAGCCUAUCUUGCUUUGGUCUCCCAUUUCUUUUGUUCUAAAGAGCUACAGAAGGCCAUAAAACAUAUCUCCCAUUUCUUUUGUGCUCUGAAUACUUAUGCCUAAACAGCAUGAAAUUCAAAAUUUUAACAAGGGUAUUUCUGUUGCUGUAAAGUACAAAAAUGGACUUCAAAGAAAAUGUAAGUGCAGCAUAUGAAUUUUAAACUCUUCCUGAAUUGUUCAAUGGAACUAUUUGAAGCUUGGCAACAUUCAGAUUCUAUCAUCUACUCAGAUUGCAGUGCACAAUUUGCUCCUCUAAACUGCAGCGCCAUUUUUUCAUUGUGGCUGACAAGGGGGAAAAAAUAGCAGAAUAAGGUGACUGCUUUUUGUGCCUUUUUACAAUACUGCAUUUUGUCUUGACAAUGGCAAUAUGAAUGUGCUGCAAAAAGAUAAAUGUCUCUAGGUAUUUCCAAACUCUUAACUACAACUUUUAAUGCCAUUCACGUUCUGUAAAUGCUAUCAUGAACCCAUAUUUCUAUCAAUCCCAGUGCUUUAAUGUUGUAGGUAGGUGUGUUAUUACUCAUGGUUUACCCCUAAAGAGCAGAUUGGAUGAGUCAAAUGUACCUGACUCAUAAUCCCUAGCAAUUUUGUAUUUCAUUAAUAAGAUGCAAUUUUUAGAUAAAGCCCUGUGCCUCAGGUGAACUUGUCAGUGAGGUGACCAAACCAAAAAAGCAUAGUGAUUGACACCAAAUCUGGGGUUACAGUUUUUUUUUAUAGUUAAGACUUUGCCAAAUGGGACAGAGGAGUGCUUACAUGAUUACUUUAUAGGUAGCGUCCUCUGUCUUUACUUAGAGCCUUUUAACAAAACAUUUGCUGUUCUGUGUAGAGGUAAAAACACUAUAAUCUCUGAAAAGGAGUUGUAUAUAUCCCUCCCUAUGCAUGGUGCUUGUUUGGAAUCCUAGUAAGAGUGUCAAUUAAUUUUUAAUUAUGCCCCAUUUUGUAAGGAAUCUAGUCCAUAACUCUUGGGUUCUUAGAAUUCCAAGAAUACAGGGAGAUACAAGGUCAUAAAGCAAUAGCCUUGCAUGCUACUGCUAUGUUGUGUGUAGGCUAUUUCAAAAUCGUGGAUACUGUUUAUGGUUAUUAAGGACAAUUAUGAGAAAAAUUGUCUCGGAAUGGACCAUUAUCAAAGGAUUAUUGGCAAAAUAACUCUCACAACAAAAUAAUUUUCUCUUCAAGCAUAAACUGACAAUCUGGCAAUAACAGUGCCUUCAUUUGUCUUAACCCGGCUCAUAUGCCAUAUUAGUAGAGUUUAGGCAGCAUAUUAAUUUGUAUUUUUCAGCCAACAAUAAUGUUGUGCAAAAUGCGUUAGAAGCAACUUCUUAAAUUGCCCAAGUUUCAGAAGCAGCUGUCAAGCAGUGCUACACUUAGGAAAAGCGAUCCAAGGGUUUUGCUCAGAUUCUGCCUUGCUUGGGUUCCAUCUUAUUUAUUAUUUAUUUAUUUAUUACACUUAUAUACCACCCCAUAGCCGAAGCUCUCUGGGCAGUUUACAAAAGUU